CAUAAUUACUUUGGAAACGGGGACCAUUUUAAAAAGCGGAAAUUCACCGGCUAAAAUCUGACUCGCGAACAAGAAAUCUAAAUAUCCAACGAUAAAAAAAUUCUCAUGGCUUCCUCACAAAGAUCCCGAGUGCCACCAGAUAUGGCCGUUGGAUUUAUAGGUGCUGGCCGCAUGGCACAAGCCAUGGCGCGAGGAUUUAUAACUUCAGGUAUAAUAAAAGCAGGGAAUAUUACUGCCAGUGACCCUGACCCUAGGAUGCUAAAUUAUGUACAAAAGAAUUUAGGUAUCAAUGUGACAAAUUCAAACAGAGAAGUUGUAGAGAAAAGUCAGAUGAUUGUGUUAGCUGUAAAACCGAAUGUUGUAAGUCCGGUACUGCAGGAAGUGUCACAGACGGUAUCAAAGGAGAAACUGGUGGUCUCAAUAGCCGGUGGUAUAACUAUCUCAUUUAUUGAACAGAAUCUUCCAGUGGGUUCUAAAGUUAUACGGGUAAUGCCUAACACCCCGGCCCUAGUGCUGGCCGCGGCCUCGGUCCUCUCGCCAGGGAAGGAGGUCGAACCUGAAGACACGGAAAUUGUUAUGGAGCUAUUGCGAUGUUUUGGAAUUGUUGAACCUGGAUCAGAGAAGUUACUAGAUGCUGUGACGGGUUUGAGCGGCAGUGGACCUGCUUAUGCAUUCACAGCUAUAGAAGCUCUCUCUGAUGGAGGAGUGAAAAUGGGUCUACCCAGAGAUCUCGCAAUCAAAUUAGCAGCUCAAACAUUAUUGGGUGCGGCAAAAAUGGUGUUAGAAACAGGAAAACAUCCAGGCCAGUUGAAAGACGAAGUUUGUUCCCCGGGAGGCACUACUAUAGCAGCCAUGCAUAAACUCGAGCGUGGUGGAUUUAGAGCGUCACUUAUUGAUGCCGUGGAGGCUGCGACACUGAGAGCAAAAGAACUUGGUCAGCAAAAAUAAUGACAUAUCCAAAUUAUGUGGUAACCACUUAUAAUGACAGGUGAAAGCACAUAGAAUGAUGAAAACAAAUAUCUUUUGAAUUAAACGAUGAAAAAUUUUAAAAUGAGUGGAGAAAGAUUUAUAAAUUGAAUUGUGCGUGAUAUGGAAAUAGAAAUCAGAAUUUGAUAUUUCAGUUAGAAAGUUAACAUUUAUUAGUAUAUUUCUGGAUUCUACAGAAUUGGUUGUGAUAUGUUUGAUAGAGAUGGUAGUAAGUGUGGUGAUUAAUUCAUGGGAGACGUCAGAGUGAAGUAAUAUAUGUCUGUUAGAAAUGGGAAGAAUUCCAGCUUGUUUACAGGGUAUCAAAUGAAUAUUAUGAUGGUGUAUUAUCAAGGACAUAGAACAUACAUGUGUUAAAGUCUGUAAUGACUUGUAAUCUUUGACUUUAAAGUGACAUUAUGCAUAUCCAAGUUUUAAUGUUUUACGCGUAGUCGAAAAAAACAUUGCAUUUUGCCAUAAUUGUUUUAAGUUUUAUGAUUUAUCAACUAGUAGUUAAUCACCAUCAUAAAGUCAAUUUUUGUUGCUAUUUGUAGCUGACAAAGCUCAAAUUGACAGCAAUAUCACUUUAAAUAACCUCUGAUCUUGGUCAGAAUCUCUUGUAAUAUAGAAAUUUGUUAUAUGAUUGUUAAAAUAUAUUAAUAUCUUGUA